AGAUUUCGCAGCAAGUGGAAUGGCCGCGCCAUCGCCUCCGAAGACCGCGACGGCGGGCCCCGAGGUUGCAACCUUCGCCAUCCCAACGGACAGCACCAUGGCGGCCAAGGCAAAGAAUCGCCCGGACGAUUCCAACUUUACUCAGCAGACUCUUCCGAUGUGGACCCCCAUAUUGACGUUGCGGUGGUCGGUAGGGGUGCUCGUCGUCGGCACGAUUGCGUGUUUCGCGCUGGGAGGGCUGGUCCUCCACCGAUCGAUAAACUCUAGUGUGUAUCGAGUUGUGUACGACUCGUUGGCCGCGGUGGAAUCCAACCAGUCGGACGGAAGAGUGGCGUACGCCGACAAGUGCCACUUGGCAACGCCUCGCGAAGCCAAUUCGUUCUCUGGCACCAAGACGUGCUUCGUCACGAUCAACCUGCAGCGCGACAUCGUCGGCGACACCCUCGUCUUCUAUGAACUCAGUCCAUUCUACCAAAACCACCGGCGGUACAUGACGUCGCAGCUUCCGCAGCAGUAUAUGGGCGGGUGGCAAGUCGGGGACACCACAUCGGCAUGCGACCCCAUCCUCACUUCGCCAAGCUCCGUCCUGUGCAACGGCACGCUGUGCUACGGAACCAACAAGUCGCGCCAGCACUACCCGUGUGGGCUUGUGGCAAACACCAUGUUCAACGAUAUUUUCUGGUUGCACAACGGGUCGCUUCCGUCGGGCCAGCAGCUCGGCCCCACAGACCUCGUUCACACAGGAAUUGCCCGGACAUUUCAGUCGUACAACUUUGCCAAUCCAUCGCGAGCACUUGAUCUUGACUCGUUCCUUCCGAUUUGGCACAACCCCAACUAUAGCCGCAUCAUCCCACCGCCUGGAACGUCCAUGCCGCCCCACAUCACUUCAGACUACACGAACAGCACCGCGUGGACGACCGUCUCGCCCGGCACGGGGGUCGAAAACGAAUUCUUUCGCGUGUGGGUCCAUCUCGCGGCCGGCAACGUCCUGCGCAAGCCGUACGGCCGCGUCGCCGUGCGGAACCUUCCCGCCGGAACCACGCUGACGUUUGCCGUCCAGUCCAACUAUUACACGGAUGGGGCGAAAGCUAUCGUGGUCGGCGAAGUGACCUGGUUCGGCAGCGAAAACGUGCCUCUCGGGAUUGUAUUUCUUGUCGCGGGUAGUGUAUGCUUUGUUGCGACGGUCGUGCUUGCGUACAAAGCGAUCUGGAACCCCCGGCGGCUUGGCGACGUCACAAUGCUCAAGUGGAAGUUGCAAUAACUCUUCAUCACUGAUAAUACGAAACCACUCGAGGUGCGUGUCGGUGCAUUCAUGUGCAAGCCAGCGUCAACUCGAUGCAUGGGUCGUGGACAGCGCCUUGGUGGCGCGACGACGACGGGCGGAAUCAAACAUUUCGCAAGGCCAGAUCCGUGGCACGUAGCUCGACGACAAAGAGCAGCAAGCCGGUGGGCAUAAUCAAUCAAUCGGAGAAUGGCGCUCGUGCCGUUGAAUGAGGA